AUGUACACUAAAACCAUCUUGAAUUUGUUGAACAAAUUGGACGUUAAUUCCAGAGAUGAUGUCUUGAAAAGUGUGUUGGUAUUGAUAAAUGAUUUGUUGGUGGAUGAGAAGGCGCAACUGUUUUGCGAUGCCCUCUUGCUGUUGUCAAGCAUUGACUCAUCUUUGCCAUACAAUCCCUUUAUCAAGCAUUUGGAAAAUAACGAUUCCCUCAUCAAAACAUUGAGUUUCUAUAAUUUGGUGAUUUUGUUACUGAAGAGCUCUAAGGCGCACGUAUCUGUCGACAAGGAAAUUUUAAUCAAGCUUUUUGACUUGGUUUGCUCGCCAGCUUUCAUCGGCAAUCCCCUGGACAGAAACUUGCAAUCCAUUGGUGUUCAGUUCUUGCAGGAACUUGUGAUUCGUAAGGAGUAUCGUACAGUUUUCCAAGAGAACAAUUUAGUGUCAAAUUUCAAGAGUGUCAAUGAGUUGAUUGACCCAUCUGGCGAAACAACCAAACGCCACUCAACUUUGCAACUUUUUGUACAAUGCAAACGGUUGAUGUGUAUCUGGAUUCUUGAGCUUUUUCGAGCUCCAUAA